GCGGCGCGUGCACGCACAGCUGUCAACGUCAUCUGACGUCAUGACGCAACACACGCAUCCGAAAUGGCGGCACAACAACAACACACAGAAGCUCAAGAGGAUGAAGAUGAAGCUUACGAGAUUGUGGAUUUGACCACAUAUGCUCGCAGUCAUCAGUGGUGGAGCACCAUGUUUGGGAAUAAUUCUGGCCCGAUCACUGAGAAGUAUUCUGUGAGCACUCAGAUUAUGAUGGGUGGAGUCAGUGGCUGGUGUGCAGGAUAUCUGUUCCAGCGGGUCGGGAAGAUCGCUGCUACGGCCGUCGGAGGAGGAUUUCUGUUGUUACAGAUAGCCAAUCACAGCGGCUACGUCCAAGUUGACUGGAAGAAAGUGGAGAAAGAUGUGAACAAAGCAAAGAGACAUCUGAAGAAAAAAGCCAAUAAAUCAGCUCCAGAAAUCAAUACAUUUAUUGAGGAGGCUACUGAAUUUUUGAAGAAGAAUGUUGUUCUUUCAAGUGGAUUUAUUGGUGGAUUUCUGCUGGGUCUGGCCUCUUGAGGUCGUGAAAGUGCUGUGAAAAGUGUCUUACCAUCACGCACCUAUCAAUGGCCUGCUGCUGAACCUGUCUGGGGCAUGUGGUGAACCCUUUCUGCCAAUCAGCACAUCUGUGGCUUCUUUACUCACUCUGUAUUUGUGAGUUUAAUGAUGUAAAAGUCCCUGAGUGGCUGUGAUUUAAUCUGAUUGUGUACAGGACAGUUGUAACUCUGUGUAUGUGCUUCAAACAGCAGCAUUAUCUGAGGUGGUUUUCACACUGGGCACUUUUUCCGCAGUCCGAAUCUGAGUGCAAUUGUUCCCGGCGCCCGCUGCAGCAUUGGUCUGGUUUCAGACUCGUGUAUGAUUCUGUCGAACCCCGGUGCUUUUCCAUCAUCAAUUUGCAUCAUCACAAACGUGCAUAUAAUGGAAAGCACAACGCGGGUCGCUAUAUUUGUGUGUUUUUAUUCAUUCUGUGUCAUCAUGCACACCAUAGUGAUGACACUUCAGCAGUUGUACAUGUCCAGGGGAAGGAGACUAUAUCUGAUGCUCACAAACGAUCUUUUUUGAGGACACAGCUGGUUGCACGCUCACUCACUCACAUAUAUAAAAGGCACCUCACCUUUUCUGUGGCCCGCAACAUUUCCCUGCCACUCAUGAUGCACGUGUGUGUGUUUGUUUUUGUGCAACUGAUGUCUUCAUGAUUAAAUCAGUAAAAACGCAUGCACAAGUCAUUUUACUUCCUGAACAAGUGCGGACCUGAAUACAGGUUGCUUUCUCACUCAUGCAAACCUCGCCACAGUCCCAGUGCAACCGAACUCAGACCACCUCCUACAGGUAGUCUCGGGUUCGGUACUACUGUCCGCUCCCCGGUCCGCAAAACAGCUUUCACAUUACCAACUUUUCAUGCAAACUGUGCUCUGUUUCGGACUAAACUGCACACUUUCAGUGUGAAAGCCCCCUGAGAGAGUCAAGUCAACAAAACUGGGAUGAUGGUUUGGAUGCUGAUCACCCUUGAAAACAAACAAAUGGUAUAUUGCAUUCAGAUAAUGCUUGUAUGUGUUUUGUAUUUUUGUUCUUCAAGUUACUGCUAAUUCAACAGUGUUUUGUAGAAUAGUGUGCACUAUUGUUUCCACAGUAUAUAAGGUGUGUCAAGCUGUCAUACUAUUGGAAAUAACAUUUAACCUGUUGGAGUGCAUAUGUUCAUUAAUGCACUGGUUCAGUACAGGUACUGUUUACUUGUACAAUGUUUUGACAUUACUUUUGACUUUUUUAAUUUUUAUUCAAGCUCAUGUAUUUGAAAUUCACAUUGGUUUUGUUAAACCUUAUUUCCAUUCUUCAUCACCAUAGGUGUGACUGCUAUUAUACUUAGAGUGAAUUAAAGUUCAUUUUGCCACAUGCAUUGAGGAAAAACAA